AGCCAAUUAAUGAGGCCAACAUUAUAUCUCUUAUCCAGUCGUGCCCAGACAGAACGUCUAUAUAAACCUGAUCUUGCUGUAGUCCUCUAACCAACAGUUUCAAUCUCCCAAAUUACUACUUUACCAUUUUAUUAUUACUACUCCAACAAUGAAGUGUACUCUCAUCUCCCUCCUCGCCGUCCUAGGCCCUGCUCUCGCCAGCCCAACCCCCCUCGCCCGCGACCUCAACACCAUCAAGAGCGUCCUCAGCGACAUCCAAACGCAAGUCACCUCGCUCAACACAGCCAUCACAGCAAAGCCCCUCAAGGCUGAUCCAGUAAUCACCCAAUCCAACAACCUCGUCAACACAAUCAACAAGGGCGCCAGCACCGUCAACGCCCAGGACAGCCUCAACCAGAUAGACGCGCUGGGUCUCGUCUCACCCACGCAGGACCUCGCCGACGACACCGACAAGACCAUCGAGAGCCUGAUCAGCAUCAAGCCGGACGUUCUGAAGAUGGGCGAGGGCUGCACGACCCUCACGGCACUGAAUAAGCAGCACAAGGCUGCUACGGAUUUGAGUUCGGCGAUUGUGGCUAAAGUGCCUGAGGCGCUGGGGAGUACGGCCGAGAAGCUCUCUGGGAAGAUCUCUGCGUCGAUUAAGAAGGGUGUGGGUGUGUAUAAGGGUUCUUGUGAUGAGGAGGCUUAGUUAGGAAUUGAAUGCUGAGGAGACUGGAUGUUAUUAGGCGACAUAGUCGAGCUGGCUGGACUAUGUACUGUCGCUAUUAGAUGUAUCAUACUCGACUUGGACAAUAUAUCAUGCAAACUGGCCCUUUCGUAACUGUAAA